AUGAAUGAACCUGAUAUAAAUGAUCUCAAUAUGAAUAAACUCGAUAUAAAUGAACAUGAAAUGAAUAAACCUGAUAUAAUUGAACCUGAUAUAAAUGAACCUAAUAUAAAUGAAAACAAUAUACUAGAAAAAUGCACAAACCAUUAUAAAGCUUUAGUUGAACACUAUGAAAAUGAAGUAUUACUUUCUGAAGAAAUGCCUAAAAAACUUUUUAAUGAAAUUUCGCUAGUUGGAUCUGAUGAGUAUUUUGAAAAUGAUUUCGAUAGAAUUAAUUUUAAAUCAAUUAUUGGAUUGAAUGAUUUUAAAAACCAAGGAGAUACCUCUCAAGAGAUAGCAAAAAAAAUUGCAAAUUUGAUAGAUGAUACUAAAAAGCCUCGUAAGCACCAAGAUCCUGAAUGUCAAAGAGAUCAUGGAUCAAUUGAAUGCUUUGAUUAUAGUGGAACACUUAGAAUUUCUAUAAACAUGAUAACCAACAAUGCAUCUAUUUACCUUAAACAUAAAAUUCUUUACAAAUGA